AUGUCCUUACUUGCGUCAGCGGAAGAUUAUGAUCUAACCAAAAAUGAUGAGGAGAAUCGAGGUAUCGGGGAGAGUUUAAGCUUACUAAAGCUAUAUGGUUUACAAAUCUACGAUUAUACUGAGAUGGCUGUGCCAUACAAAGAGUUAUAUGUGUAUAGAGAAGUUCAGCGGUUCCAUUUACCAACGAAUCGUAACAAUGUAAUAUUAUUAUUAUGUCGAUCUGUGCUAAAUUUCCUUCUAUUCAAGGAAAUGCUUAUCCAGAGUUUAGAUAAUUUGAAUACAUAUAUAAUGGAAUCAGGCCUCCACACGCCGACUGAAAAUGAGUGCAUCCUUUUGUGA